AUGAGCUCCAAAGUCAGCGUUAAUUUAGAUGAAUUUGCCACGGAUGAAGCCACCUUGAAUUCGAUUAUUGCCGAAUUAUUAAAGCCAAAUCCACAAUUUUGGAUUGACCGUAUCAAGAAACAGGUAAAUCUGGCAACGUUUCGAUUCGCUUUUCGCCCACUAUUCGUCGAUAAUAAAUAUCAGCUCCCACUUACGCAACCAUCUCACUGGCAUAUCGUAUUGCACGAAAAUCCAAAACAUCAUCAUUCCAUUGGUGGCCAUGACUUAGUUUACGUGAGCUAUACAUGGUCAACGCAUAUUUUGAGUGACUACGAAUCGCCAGGUAUUAGUGAGCCACAAUUAGGCAACAUCGGUGGUCAAUGGGUCGAACCCUUCAUACUACCAGCUGAUCCCUACAAUCUUAUUCAACGAACUGGCUAUGCUUGUAUGGAUGAAGUGGGAAAUUCAGGAUUCUCAAAUGGAAAACGGGGCUUCUGUAUCCAAUCAACUGGUCGUCAAGCCAAUGCUGAAUGGAGUCCAACAUGGUCUCCGUUCUACAGUUGCACUUAUCAAGGAAACUCUCCUGGUUGGACAGUGCGCAUAUGUGAAAGUUCGGUAGUAUUAAAUACAGGCGUCGCAUGUGACUAUGAUACCGCCUUGGGCAACGAAGUGAUUAAACCAUCUUCUGAACACGUUAUUCAGUUUAUUUGUCCUUCUUAUCGUGAUCCCCUUGAACCAGGCGGUUUAUAUUCAAUUUAUACUGCUCCAAUUAUGGAACAGCUUGUUCAUGCUGAAGUAACAAUAACAUGUGUUCAAAAUAAUUAA